AGAGCAGCUGGUGCUCUUUGGGGACUAUCUGUCUCAGAAGCCAACAGCAUUGCAAUUGGUCGUGAUGGUGGUAUACCGCCUCUGAUUGCUCUUGCAGGAUCUGAAGCUGAGGAUGUACAUGAAACUGCUGCAGGAGCUCUGUGGAAUCUUGCUUUUAAUCCUGGUAACGCUCUGCGGAUUGUGGAGGAAGGGGGAGUUAAAUCACUUGUUCACCUCUGUUUGACUUCUGUUUCCAAAAUGGCUCGUUUCAUGGCAGCAUUAGCAUUGGCAUACAUGUUUGAUGGAAGGAUGGAUGAAUACGCGAUGAUAGGGACUUCAUCGGAA